UCUUGCGUGAGAUCAUAUGAACAGAGAGAGCCACAUUGGCUAAUGGUGUGCCUAGCCAUCACAGCAGAUUGCUGGGACUCUGUUUGGAAGGUCAAGCGGCAAUUGGAGGAAUUGAACAUCCCAGAGCCAAACUCUGUCGAGAUCAACAGCGAUGGGAAAAUCUUCCUGAAAACUUCAGUCGAGGUGCUCCUUGAAAGAGUGGUUUGCCUUUCAAUGGUGGAGCGAGUGUUUCUUUGCCUCCACCGGGAGGAACUGCACGAAAGUCAUGAUCUUUGCAGCAGCGGCCCCAACUAUAGCCUCUUGCAGGACUGGGUCUACAGAAUAGACUGGGCCGAAGCUUUUAAAGUGAUCGACCAGCUUCAUGGAAGACGACCGCAGACAUGGAUGCUUGACUCCAAGAGGCAUGGCUGCAAAGGCUCUCCUACGAGGGCCUUCGACAGAUUGGUGAUGCAACAAAAG